AAACCCAAAGAAAAACCAAAAAAAAACCCCAAAAAGAAGAAAAAAAAAAACUACAAAAUUGGAGCGAAUUUGAUCGAUUCAUACUCGGUGAAGAUCGAAAAUGUCGUGGCAAUCUUACAUUGAUGAUCAGUUGAUGUAUGAGGUCGACGGCCAACAUCUCAAAGCCGCUGCCAUUGUCGGCAACGACGGUACUGUUUGGGCCCAGAGCGCCGACUUCCCCAAGUUCAAGCCAGAAGAGGUUAAUGCCAUUAUGAAGGAUUUUGAUGAGCCUGGAUCCCUUGCCCCGACUGGGUUACACCUUGGUGGAGCGAAGUACAUGGUUAUCCAGGGGGAAUCUGGAGCUGUUAUUCGUGGAAAGAAGGGCACUUCUGGGAUCACUGUAAAGAAAACAACCCAGGCACUCAUUUUUGGUUUAUAUGAUGAACCUAUGACUCCAGGACAAUGCAACAUGAUCGUUGAGAAGUUGGGAGAUUACCUGAUUGAUCAAGGCCUGUAAUCUUUUUUUUUUUUUUUUUUCUAUACAUAAUUUGGGAUUUUGAGCCUUUUUAUGGCUGUGAACUGAGAGUUACAGAAAAUAAUAGUGUGAAGAAUCAGGAUGAAAAGCAAGAGUGUGGUGAUUUUGGUCGCUGAUUUCUACCCAUUCUAUGUAUUUUGGCUUAUUUUUGUGCAUUGAUGAAAAACACUACUUCUUCCAGUAUCAGUUUUUUCAAA